AGCUGUUAACCAUCUCCGACCCCCAUUCUAUUCCAUCGUUUACUGCUCAGAGAGAGAGAGAGAGAGAACGAAAAAAGAAAACAGAAAAGGCAAAGAUUCAACUUCAACAUCAUGGGUGUUCUUGGAGCUGUUGCAAGGCAUGUGGAUGCACUCAUCGGGCCUGGAGUGAUGCUUCUUUAUCCACUAUACGCAUCAAUGAGAGCCAUAGAGAGCCCCUCGACCCUAGAUGACCAACAGUGGCUCACAUAUUGGAUUCUCUAUUCAUUAAUCACACUCUUCGAGCUUACUUUUUGGAAAAUCCUUCAAUGGGUUCCGUUGUGGGCGUACGUGAAGCUGCUGACGUGCCUGUGGUUGGUGCUGCCCAUCUUCAAUGGCGCCGCCUACAUAUACGAGAACGUCGUCCGGAAGUACGUCAAAGUUGGAAGCUACGUCAGCCCCAGCUACUCCGACGGCCACCGCAAAGUCCUCCAGAUGAUGAGCCUCGACGCCCGCAAGUCUGUCGAGCAAUACAUCAACCGAUAUGGCCCCGAUGCCUUCGAUCGUGUCGUCAAAGCAGCCGAGAAAGAAGCAAAGAAACACUGACUGGGAAACGAUUGGAAGAAUAUUAACACUCCAAUACAAUACGGCCGGCGUCCACUAUAUAUGCUUUUGUGAAGAUGAUGAAGAAAUGAAACAUUUAAUUAAUUGUUAUUGAUGUUAAGCUUAAACAUUUUGUAAGAUCGAUGUGUGCUAAUUAAUUAAUAUGUGAAGUUGAAGUCCUUCUAUUAAUUUACACAUCAAGAAGGAUCAUUAAAGAAAAAAAAAAAAAAAAAAAGGUGGAUCUCUCCAACCAUAUAUAUAUAUAAUAUGCCUAAU